CCGAGUUGGUUACGAGGGGCUCUAGCUUUGCUGUGGCUGGAGCGAUACCUGAUCGAUCCACACUGACAUCAGUCACGGCCCGAAGGGUCAAUCCAGCACGUGAUAAUCAGUUAGGCCUGUGCAUUGAUUAAAAGCACGGACUCCCGAAUUGAUAUGUCUGUGUGGCUAAACUUGCAUGCAUGUGUGUGGCUGGCCUGUGUCGGAAAUUUCUACUGCGUGAAGCUUCUCACGGUAGGGCGUUUGCGACAUUCGAGAACAAACCUCUGGCUCAGACCAGCGACGCAUUGCCUCUAACACGACGCGAUCAGGUAUAUGUAGACGCCCGUCAACAUGUCCAAGUCUCGUGGAGCUGGUGCUGUGGACCAGAUUGUCAAGCUCAUAGUUGGCGCCGGGCAAGCAAGUCCAAGCCCGCCUGUCGGUCCUGCUUUAGGAAGCAAAGGCGUGAAGUCGAUGGAUUUCUGCAAGGAGUUCAAUGCCAGAACCCAGCACGUCACAACCGGCACCCCUCUGCCAGUCCGAGUAACGGUCCGUCCCGACAGGACAUUUCACUUCGACAUCCGAACACCUCAGACCUCCUGGCUCCUCCUCAAUGCAACCGACGCUCCAAUUGGAAAGGGUGGGAAGAAAAGGGGUGCAUCUAACCCGGGCAAAGAGGUUGUGGGAACAGUGAGCCUGAAGCAUAUCUACGAGAUCGCCAAGAUCAAGCAAUCCGAGCACCGACUCUCCGGUCUCUCUCUAGAGGGGCUCUGCCGGGCGAUUAUCUACCAAGCCAAGACAAUGGGUGUCUCAGUCGUGGCAUGAGUUGUUGGGCAUCUUUUUGUAAGCAUCUGGGCGUUACGGUUUUCGGCAUAUUGGAUGAAGCACGAACGAAGGGGGUCGCAGAGCUACACCUAUGUGUAUGCGGGGGCCAUUGUACACAUAUUGUACGAAUACACAACCCAAAUCGUAAUCUCCUGAUUGCAUUCAUAUUCGUUUGCCGGGUCCUACAUGGCAUUAACCGCGCGA